AUGACAACAGCAGCAAUCCCAUCAUCUAACUCGAAUGACAAACUCUUUGACAAAGGCCAAGCCUUUUGGAACAAUUACCUCAAAGGCCGCCCCUCCGCGCCCGAUGUCUUCUUCCAGCGGCUCUUCACCUACCACCAAUCGCACGGAGGCAAGUUCGGGACGGUGCACGAUGUGGGCGCCGGCAACGGGCCCUACGCACACAUCCUGCGCUCCAAGUUCCAGCAUGUGAUUAUCUCCGACAUCGCGACGGAGAACGUCGUCCUCGCCGAGGAUCGUCUUGGGCACGACGGGUUCAGCUACCGCGCGGCCCGGGUCGAAGAGAGCGACGACAUCGCUCCCGGCAGCGUGGAUAUGGUCUUCGCGACCAACGUCAUGCAUUUCUGCGACCAGCCGCUUGCCAUGAGCGUAAUUGCGCGCCAGCUCCGUCCCGGAGGCACAUUUGCCUGCGCAGCCUUUGGAGCGGCGCAGUUUGAGGAUCCCCGCAUCCAGGACGUCUACACUCGCAUUAAUCACUCCGGAGGUCGCGCCUUACUCGCUAAGGCAGAUAACCCGGAGAAGCUGGGAGCCGUCAUGGGCCGCACGCAGGGCAAGUACAAUGUCGCCCCGCUGGAUGGAGGGCUGUGGCUUCCCGGUGCGCAGCGCAUUCACCUCAACAUGGCGAACGGCGGCAUCACGGCUCCCUUGCCGCCUGAGGUGCAGGUCCACGAGCCUGUCUAUACUGGGGUUGACGAUGUGGAAACCUUUACCCAGGAAGAUGGGUGGAGCUUUGUGACGGAGCUUGAGGGUGUCAAGGAGCAUGUGCUGUCGUUUCCGUUCGCGAGGGAAGAUCCGCAUUUCGGGGAGUUGUGGCAGCAGAUGGAAGAUCUCAUCGGCGACGGUGAGGUCAAGGGAACUUGGCCCGCGAAGAUUAUUUUGGCUACUCGACGAUAG